AUGAACCAGAAGGAGGUACAGUUCUUUCAAUCUCUUGGAAUCGAAUUUCUCGGGUUUAUUGGACGUGGAGCUUACGGUGAAGUCUUCCUAGCUCACAGUACCAAGUACAAGUGCAAUUUUGUGCUUAAAAAGGUACCAUGCGAUUGCUUUAAUGAGACAGAAAUAGAAUGCCUUAAGAGGUUAGACGACAUUCAUAUUGUUAAUCUAUAUGAUUACUACAAGUUUGAGGGCAACAUCUAUAUGCUUUUAGAAUAUUGCCCGAAUGACUUAGAUAGAUUAAUGAAAGAUGUCAAAUCAUUACCUCAUGACAUUCUUGUUAAGUACUGCCAUCAGGUGUUGCUAAGCGUUAAGGCCUGCCAUGACCAAAAAAUUGCUCACUGUGAUAUCAAGCCAAGUAACUUCUUACUUGACAAGUAUGGUCGCGUUAAGAUCACUGAUUUUGGCUUGUCUACAAUUUUUACAAAGGAUCCAUCCAGCACCACAUUUAAGGGAACAAGAGCUUUCAUGGCCCCAGAGAUGGUCAAGGACAGAACAUUCAACCCAAUGGCUGCCGACAUUUGGGCAGUAGGAGUCACUCUCUACUACCUUGCAACGUUCUCUCUUCCAUUCUUCUCAUUAGAUUUAUCAAAACUCACCGAAUCAAUCUUGAGAGGAGUUUAUGCCGAUAGCAUCAUAGAUGAUUCAUUAUUGAGACAAUUAAUUGCAAGAUGCUUGGAAAUUGAUCCAAACGAGAGAGCAACAGUUGAUGAACUCCUCAAUUCCAGAUUCUUUAAGGAAGUUCAGCCAAUCAAGCUCAAUGAAAGCAACAUUAUCCUUAAUAGACUUGAUAGCUGCACAAGAAGCCAUCAAAUUGUCCAUCCAAAGCUCAAAAUUAAGCCAUUACGCGGAUCUUCUCCAUCACAUUUGAUUGCCAUUGCUCACAAACUUGGAAAACCAAGGCUCAUUCUUUCCAGAACACCGGAACCACGUUGA